GUGUGUGUGUGUGUGUCUGUCGUGUCUGCAUGAGUGUGUGUGUGUGUGUGUCUGUCGUGUCUGCAUGAGUGUGUGUGUGUGUCGUGUCUGCAUGAGUGUGUGUGUGUGUCCUGUCUGCCUGAGUGUGUGGUAUGCACUACAUCCCAGUGGAGUUAAACGCGAGGAGGAAUUUCCUGGUAUCUGCGAUGUUUUUCCGCUCGUGCCUUCUCUCUCCCUUCUCCCCUCCAUUCGUCAUCUGAGGAAAUCUCUGUAAACACUGCCACGGGGUCAGGGCCAGACAGCGCCGCUCCAAAAAAUGAUAAGAAACUUCACGGCGGUAUAGCCGCCUUUCUGUCAGCAGAUACGGUGUUGACAUUCCUCGCGCUUUUUUUCAGGGCACAGAUCAGCACGCUCUCUUUUUUUUUUUUUUUUUUUGCUGAAGUCAACAUGAAUGUUGACAGAGUAAUGCGGUUUCAGAGAAACAUCUGUGGCCUGGUUUGCAAGCGAUAUGUUAUGUUACUUUCAGAGAGGAAAAUCACCCUAUCUUCUUAUCACAGUGUCAGAGUCCAUGUAUCUCUGCUCCACACUCUUUUUACUGUCAAUCGCUGUAAGUUGCUUUGGAGUCGAGAUAUUUACGUUACAUCGACCGGUACCUCUGACCUAGAUACCCUGUUUUGCCUUCUCACCACGGGGAGUGAGUGAGCAGAUGAAACGGCUCUGCUUUCAAAUUUACAUUUCCUCUGAUUUUGUGUUUUUCUCAAGACCCCGUGAAUGUUCUCACGACUAAUGUUGAUACCGGGACAUGAAAUGGAGAGUAAAUCGGGGGCGAAUCCUGGCAUCUGUGAAGCUGCGAGCAUCAAAUGUUUCAAGUUUUUGAACUUGACGGGCAAGGCGGCGGCGCCGACCACCGCAAUGCCGCCACGCAGGAACAAGGUUCUGGGCUCAAACCUGCUGAGAGGCCGGCAAAGGCUGUUCUGCGUGGAGUUUACGUGUUCACCGGGUUUUCUCUUAAUCAGAGACUCCGAAUUGCCCAGCUUCCGGAGAACUGGACUGACACACGGGAGACCAUCGUGGAGGGCAUGACCUUUAACCUCCACCACCUUGGCAUGACACUGGUGGACCAGCCUAAAGGAGAGGACCUGUCAGCUGCUGCUGUGAAGAGGAUCGUUGCCACUGCUAAAGCCAGUGGGAAGAAGCCUCAGAAGGUCGCUCUCAAGGUUUCCCCUCAGGGAAUAGAGCUGUACGACAGCCUGAGCAAUAAACUGCAGGAAAGUGUCUCCAUAUACAGGAUCUCCUACUGCACGGUGGACAAACUGCACGAUAAAGUGUUCGCUUACAUCGCUCAAAACACCCUCAAUGGGACCCUGGAGUGCCACGCCUACCUCUGCUCCAAGAGGAAAGUGGCUCAGGCGGUGGCUUUGACUGUGGCCCAGGCCUUCACAGUAGCUUUUGAACUCUGGCAAGUGGCCAAAGAAGAGAAAGGGAAAAGAGUGAAGUCUGGUUCCGCUGGAGAAGCCAGCAGUAGUUCUCAUUCAGAGAGAUCCAACAGCUUGGGGAGUCUUAAAGGGACAGACGUUGCCACAGACAACCUCUUGGACUUUGAGGACAGUGUCAAUGUUGCGGUGGAGACCAAUGGGAACAUCGAGGAGGAUCAGUGGGACAACCACAGGCCCCCCGAGACCAAUAACAACCCUGCCUGGGAAAUAGAAGAUGGUUUGGACGAAGCCUUCGGCAGCUCUUUCUUCCUCCUCGUCAUUAUCUCCUCUGUCUCCUUAGACUGGCAGUGUCGCGUACUAACCCCCAGGUCCUGGACAUUGGGGUGACGCCCCACGACUGGCUGACCGAGCCCGACUGGGACAGCGCCAACGGGAACACUCCGCACAGCCUCGGCCCGUUCGGGGACGAUACCUUCGGCUUCUGACCACAACAACACAGCAGAGGGAGCAAGAGAGAGAGAGACGAGGAGAGGGUGGCGUCGAUAUGUCUUCCUAUUGAAUUAACGGGGGCGUCACUGUGCCUUUCAGAUGAGGAUACAGUAAAGCCAUAAGGGAAUAAGUGUAGAAGGGUGAGAUUAUGUUUGGCCACUUCACCUUGUUGCUGGCUCCUCCACGUGGACAGUUCUUCCCUCGUCGGUGCCGCCUCUGCACACCAAAGCAAUAAUAUCCUCUCUCUCCUGUUAAUACACUGUAAGCAUUCCCCCAAUGUUCACCAAGUCGUCCUUAUGUUCACGUAACAUUUUCCUGUAGCCUUGGCAUCAUAAUCAGUAUUCUGUAUAUGUGUUUAACCUAUACAUGGCCUACUGUUACAGGCCUUAACAACAGCAGGACAAUCAGCCACGCGACGUCUGUCAGUUGUUUAUGUACAGUGACGGUGGAUAUAGUCAACGUGAGGACUUGAUCUUCCACCGCCGAUAGUUUUAUUUCUAUAAUCUGAAAAAAAAAAUCACUCUAGUUGUUGUGUUCAUACAGAAAAUCCACCGGUGGCUCAUUCGAAACGUGUUGUUACAGGCGUGACUUUUUUCCUCUGCAGUGUAACGGCGUCGUCCCCUCGAACGAAGCCCAAAUGUGGACAUUUUUCAAUGUACAUUAUGAUAAAUCGGCGAUUGUAUAGAAUUAAAGUAUAUUUGUGAAUUAAAAA